CAGUAGGGAGAAGUUAUGUAUGUGUGUGCGUUUUCUGCCAUGAAGGAGUGGCUCAAAACUUGUGUUCCUCUGCGUUUGUGUAGAUGCUUCAUGAUGAUGAUCGUUGCUGCAUUUGGUUCGUAAGCGCAGGACGCAGAGAAAAAGACGCAAACCACCGGUCUCAGUGAGAGGAGGUGACAACAAGGAGAAAAAAUGCCGGUACCUCCUCCGCCUCCCCCUCCCCCACCCCCCACCUUCUCUCAGGCAAACACUGAGAAGCCUGUCUUGAAUAAAUCGGAGCAGCAGGGCAGGAAUGCUCUACUGUCGGACAUCGGCAAAGGAGCAAGGCUAAAGAAGGCGGUUACUAAUGACCGUAGCGCCCCCAUACUUGACCAACCCAAAGGUGGUGGUGGAGGUGGAGGUGGAGGAGGAGGCGGGCCUGGAGGAGGAGGUGGAGGAGGGGGAGGGUUUGGAGGUGGAGGUGGAGCACCAGCUGGUCUAGGUGGGCUCUUCCAGGGUGGCAUGCCAAAGCUGCGCUCCACUCGAGAUGACUCUAGUAGUGUCAGAUCUCCAGUUCUGCCACCUGGUGCUCGUAGCUCUGGUCCACGGCCCUUCGGAGGAGGAUCUGGCUCCGCCCCUCGUCCACCUCUGCAACGCAGUGAAUCCGUUGACCCCCCUCGCCCUCGAAUGACCCCACCGCGUCCUGAAACACCUGGAGGACCUCCUCCACCUCUUCCAAGUGCCCCACGGCCCUUUCAGAGUGGGGCACAGAGCAGGGGACCACCCUCACUUCCAGGGACUCCUCGUCUUGGUUCCGCACCAACUCCUCCACCUCCAAACCCUCCUGGACGACAGCCCGCACCUCCACCGGUGCCAGCUGCAUUUGGUCGUCCUCCUUCCAUUCCUUCGCCCUCAGCUGGUCAUGCUGGGCGGCCUCCUCCUCCCCCUGCACCUGGUCGAGGUGAUGACCGUCCUCCACCUGUUCCCCCUGCAAACCGUUCUUCUUUGCCACUCACUCGGGACAGCCCUCCCCCUCCACCUCCACCAUCAGUGAGCAGUAAACCAACUCCUCCUCCAGCUCCUGCUCCUGCCUCUCUGCGGCCACCUGUUAGUGCAGCACCUCCUCUGCCGCCCGGACGCCCAAGCCCGUCUACUCCUGAGGAGCAUACGCCACGCCUUCCUGAACGGAACCUGUCACUUGGCUCGCAUCCUCCUGCCCCUCCACCCGGGCGAUCUGGACCCCUUCCGCCACCUCCCUCUGAGAGACCGCCCGCAUUGGGCCGGAAUGCAGGUGGACGAACAGGUCCUCUUCCACCUCCACCUCCUUCUGGCCGUCCUGGAGGAGGAAGUGUGAGGUCAUCACCAGCCCCUCCUCCACCGAACAGACCAGGUGUGGAGCCUCAUCGUGGUGGCAGUAGACCACCACUCCCCCCAGACAGGCCCUCCUCUGGACCUCUGCUCCCUCCUCCCCCACCUAUGGGCAAUGGAUACCACAAUCAGGGACAUCAUAUAGAUGAGUGGGAAUCACGCUUCACAUUUCGACCUGUAUCGGAUCUUCCACCCCCAGAGCCCUACAUUCCCUGUCAGAAGACCUAUCCUAGCAAAAUGGCCAGGAACGAAAGCCGAGGUUCAGGAAAGAAAGAGCGAGGUGCACCUCCCCUGCCUCCCAUACCUAGGUGAAAGAAACUGUUAUCUCAGGGCCUGACAAUCCUUCCCUCACCCAGUUAUCUUAUGUUCUCUGGUACUGUCUGUUUUUGAUAUUUUCUGCCAGAGUCAUUCAUUAAAAAUGUAUAAAAGAGCUAUAAAAAUAACAACAUAUCACAGACAACAUAUCUUUUAUAAUAUUUUGUUUUUGUCUGCUUUAGAGAUUAAUACAUGAUGGCUAUUAUGACUAUGUCAAGUGAUGAGCUCUACAGUGGUACUACAGCUAAGUUUGACUUUAUUUUUGAGUGUUUUUCUGAGUAUGAUGCGUUAUUGCAGCAGUUCAUUGGCCUUCAGGAGAGUGUGAAUGUUUUGGCUUUUUGGCGGUCCUUGACACAUACAGAAAAAUGUCCUUGUCUCAUACAGAAUAUAUCAUUGCUUAAUCAGGGCAGCCAUUCCUUUAGAUAAUGGUGCAGCCAUUUAUAGAGCCACAUAGGGCAUCAGUAUUUGUUAGACAGUCCUUGAUGUAAUUAUAUUUUUAAAGAAGUGCAACAUUUACAUUAAAGCAUUUUGGU